GCGAGAGUAAUUUAUAAUGUGAUGUACGGUUGUUUCUGUCUGUUAAAGUACUCUGUGUCAAAUUUUACAUGACCAAAUAAGCGGCUUAUGUUACAUUGGAGCAGUUAUGUCUGCGUGUCGGUGGUCAGUGUAAUAAAGAAGUGUUCCUGAAACAACUGAUGAACCAUGUCAGCCUGGGUAACAGAGGAGCUCAUGAGAUUGGCUCUACGUUUCUGCAGCCGCAGGUCUCUAUGGCAACAGCGCAUCAUCCCAGUAAAUGCAUCUAUCAAGGAUGUAUCACUUCCAUGCCAGCAGCUGUCUCAUGUUUGGAGCACAAGACAAAGUCAAACCUGCUUUAGUCAAGUUAUUACCAAUUCAGUGCGAUAUUACUCAGAGGGUAGCAUUUCGAGUAAAGAGCUGAACGACAAGGAACAUGUUUUUAAUCCACCAGCACAAACCCAGUCUUCAAAUCCCGCCUUAGUGCAGGGACAGCAGAAGCACCCUUUCAUGGAGCUCCUGGCUCAGUGUGGCUCCCCAUCUGAUGUUUUAGAUUUAACCACUGUUUAUUCACCCACAGCACGGCAGGUCAGUAACUGCCUCAGCCACAUGUGGUCCAUUAUGAAGAAAAUGUCUCAAGAGCAGCAUCAUUAUGAACUGCAGCUGAUGUUUGAGCAUCCUGCAUUUGAAAAGUUCAUGCAAAAAGCCAUGGCAAGUGUACAUUACAUGCGCAGUGAAGACUUGGUUUACGCACUUCUGGGAAUGAUUAAACUAGAGGUACCCCAAAAGAGUCGUGUCAUCCAGACUUUUCUCAGAGUCUGCCAGGAGAAACUUAAUCACUUUGAUGAGAAGAGUUUGUCCAUCCUGGCUUCCUGCCUUCAACAGAUGGAGGACAGCCCCAGUGUCCGAGCACUAAAGGAGGGCAUGAGGUUAUUAGUGGAGGUUCGUCUUCCCGAGAUUAAGAAUGUCAUACCUCUCCAGUCCAUGAUGCGUCUGGUGGGGAAAGACGCCCCACUGACCCUCAAACGGAAACUAGAGGUCAAGGCUUUGUCGAUGACAGACCAGUUCAGUCUUCCCAACGCCCAGCACAUGAUCUACACGAUGGCAACAAUGGGUUUCCACUCCAAACCGCUGCUGGCAAUCUGCAGUAAGAAAGUGACAGAAAACCUCCAUGGAAUCCCCUUCAACAGACUGUACAAAGUGAUGCAGUCCUCUAAAGAGCUACUGUACAGAGACUUGGAAAUGCUCACUGGCAUUUCAGAUUACGUCGCCUCCACGAUAGACAUUUGGACGAAUAAACAGGUGCUUCUCUUUCUGUCUGUAUUCGAGAGUCUUGUUUUCUGCCCCACGGCCUUAAUGGAGGUGUACGCUGAGAAGGUGAUCGCCAAUCCAGACGCUCUGACACUCAGAGACCUCCUCCUUGUCCUCAAGGUGUACUCCUCUUUGAACUAUGAUCUGCGGCAUCACAGACAACCGUUCCUAGACAGUCUCAGUCAGGCUCUGGACUCGUAUUUACCAAAGAUGUCUGGUUAUGGGCUGUUACAGGCGGUUUACUGUCUGUGUCUCCAGGGCCACUUCCCCUCUGCACCACUGGAGCAUCUCCUUCAGAGCAGUACACUAGAGCAGCUCCGCACCACAGCUCCCCGGUUUCUCCCAUACCAGGAGAGAAAGUUUCAGGUAGUGGACUUGUGUCUCCGUCUUGACCGUCCUCCCCUCCCUCAGCCCUUGACUGUUCCCAGAUCUGUCUUGGGAGACCCAGCGCCCAUCAAUCCAUUAUUCAACAAUCUGAUCUUGGAGGAUCUUCAGCGUAUAGUGGGUGAAGAAGGCUGGACGCUGCAGGAAAAGGUGGUAGUGGAGAACAUCUACGUCAUCGACAACGUGAUAACCAAACCUGAGCCCAGAAGAACCUCUGUGACUGAAGGAGAGGAGAUUUCUCCAGUAGAGAGCAGUCAAAGAAUUGUGCUAAUAUGCAUGCCACACUCGGGUGUUUGCUACGGUACGUCCAACCCUCGUGGGCAUAUGGCUGUGAAGAUUCGCCACCUGAGGAUCCUGGGAUAUGAACCUGUCCUGGUAACAGAACAGGAGCUGCAUUCUGUGUCUGAAGAGGAGAGGGCAAAGCUCCUCAGGGAACGAAUAUUUACAGGCAAACACACAUCAGAUACACAAUCAAACACAGAGCAGCCGGAAACCUAAAGAUUGAUGCGGUUUUAUUUCUUGACAUGUUGAACCUGUGUUUAAUGUAGAAGCAGUUGCAGUCUGAGCAAACUGAGAAUAAAUCCAUGCUUAAAAAACAAAAAGCCAGUUGUCUUUUACAUGAACUUUUGAUAUUUUCUUGUGUAUUCAGUGAUUCUCUGCUAAAAAUCAGGUCUUAAUCCUGAAAUAAUCUAUCAUUUUUGUGUCACCGCUGCAGUUACUUGUACAUAAAGUACAAAAUGGCAAAAUAUUGAUUCAGUUCAUGCACACACUCAGUGUAAUGUAUUAAGUAAAUGAUGCUGUGAAUUAAAACCUGUAUGAGUAACA